AUGCUGGAUGAUAACCGCAAGAUUGGUACUUUACUCCUGGGUCUGGGCUUUGCGUUCCUACUGCUGGGCGUGCUCAUGAUCUUUGAUGCUGCAAUGCUGGCGCUUGGCGAUGUGUUGUUCUUAAGUGGCGUGGCGCUUACCAUUGGCCUUACACGGACAGUGCGCUUUUUUACACGCAAGGAGCGGUGGCGUGGCAUCGUGUGCUUUUUGGGCGGUAUCCUAUUGGUCAUGCUACGUUACCCCGUGAUCGGCAUGAUCAUCCAGAGCUUCGGCUUUUUGAAUCUGUUUGGAUCGUUCUUUCCUGUGGCUGUGGCGUUCUUGCGUCAGACGCCUGUAAUCGGGACUGUGCUGAAUUUCCCAGUGGUCAGCGAGAUUGUCAACCGACUAGCAGGAGUGCAAAAGCGCGGCUACCAGGUGUGA